CUGUAAAACAUAACCUAUAACCUAUAAUUUGGGUUUCAAUUUAUUAUUUUCAAAUCUUAGGAGAUUUUCAUUUAUUUAUCCAGUUUUCCGGAAAUUGUUGGUUAUCAAAUAAAAAAAAUGUCUUUACUCGUCGAUUUAGAUUGCGUAGAGCCAUUAUUAAUAGUGUGCAAAGAAGAACAAAAAGAGAACUUCCUGGCAGAGGCAAAAAAAUUCAGGGAAGUCACUGUUGUUUACCCUGAUGAGAUACAAAAUGUUCCAGAAAACUCUAUGGCUAGUGCAGCAAUUUUCCAGCUGCCUGUAGACACCACAGAAACUAAAUACUUUCAAGACAUAUUAAAAACAUUGAAACCAAGUGGUCAUGUAAUGAUAUGUGAUAGUACUGACCCUAUUGCAACACAAUUUCAUCUUAAAACCAGUGGAUUUAUAAAUGUUGUGGCUGAGUCAGUCACUAUAAAGGCUUCCAAGCCUCAAUACCAAGUAGGAUCAUCACAAAAGUUAAACUUAAAAAAACCAACUGAAAAACCUGCUGUAUGGAAAAUUGAUGAUGAUGAGGAUCUUAUUGAUCCUGAUGAUUUGUUGGAUGAGGAUGAUUUGAAGAAACCUGAUCCAGAUACUCUAAAAGUUUGUGGUACAACUGGAAAACGCAAGGCUUGCAAAGAUUGUUCAUGUGGCCUGGCAGACGAAUUAGCUGCAGAAGCACAAAGUGGCAAAGUGAUAGACACUGGUGAUGCUCCAAAGUCUUCUUGUGGAAGCUGUUAUCUGGGUGAUGCAUUUAGAUGUUCCACCUGUCCAUACCUUGGAAUGCCUGCCUUUAAGCCUGGUGAAAAAAUUCAGCUGAGUAGCACUCAACUGAAAAGUGAUAUUUAAAGGAAACGUUGUUUGUGAUCUUUUAUAUGAAAUCUUUCUGGGUUCUUUAAGACACCCGAUGUCUAGUAAAUUGCCGAGCUUAAUAGCAAAUAGCUGAAUAUACUUUAUUUCUUAGUAUA